AUGGGCUGCAAGAAGAACCAGGCAGAGAAGAAACCUGCUCCCCUCAGCACUGCAUCAAGUCCUCCCUCUGCCGCCACUCUACCCUCAGGAAGCGCGGUCAACCCCAGAGUGACCGGGCCAAGUGGAAGAAUACUGCGCAGAUCAGUCAGCACAAAGAAGGCCCAGGUGAGGACAGAGCAGCCCGUCACCAGGGCACUGAGCGAAAGCAUUCCAAAGUUUUACUUCCCUCAAGGCAGGCCUCAAGCCAAUCUCAACAUCGACAGCCUCAUUUCCAAAAUAGAGAAAACAUUUUCUCAGUUUCCAAAUGAAAGGGCCACCAUUGAUGACAUGGGGCAGGUCGCCAAGGCCUGUGAGUGUCCUCUCUACUGGAAAAUGCCAUUGUUCUGUUUGGCCGGAGGCGACAGGACUGGCUUCGUGUCUGUUCACAAAUUUGUGGCUAUGUGGAGAAAAACGCUGCAGACCUGUCAUGAUGACGCCUCUAAAUUUGUGCAUCUCUUGGCCAAACCCGGCUGUAAUUACCUGGAACAGGACGACUUUAUUCCAUUCCUGCAGGAUGUUGUGAAUGCACACAUUGGCCUAGCUUUUCUCAAAGAAGCACCAGACUUUCACUCAAGAUACAUCACCACGGUUAUACAGAGGAUAUUUUAUAAUGUCAACCGGUCAUGGACAGGAAAAAUAACAAGUAAUGAACUCAGAAAAAGUAACUUUCUCCAGAAUGUGGCAUUACUGGAACAGGAAGAAGAUGUAAACCAGCUGACAGAUUACUUUUCAUAUGAGCACUUUUAUGUCAUUUACUGUAAGUUUUGGGAGCUGGACACAGAUCAUGAUCUGUACAUCGACAGAAAAGACUUGGCGCGGCAUAACGACCAAGCUCUUUCCCAUAAAAUGAUUGACAGAAUAUUUUCGGGGACAGUAACAAGAGACAGACUGGUGUACAAGGAGAGAAAGCUGAGUUACGCUGACUUUGUUUGGUUCCUGAUUUCGGAGGAGGACAAAAAGACAGACACAAGUAUAGAGUACUGGUUCCGCUGCAUGGACCUGGACGGUGACGGCGCGCUGAGCAUGUACGAGCUGGAGUAUUUCUACGAUGAACAGUGUCAGAAGCUGGAGGCCAUGGCCAUUGAGCCCCUUCCCUUUGAAGACUGCUUGUGCCAAAUGCUCGACCUUGUCAAGCCCGAGCUCAAAGAAAAGAUCACGCUGCGGGAUCUGAAAAGGUGCAAGACAGCCCACAUGUUUUUCGACACGUUCUUCAAUAUUGAGAAGUAUCUGGAACAUGAGCAAAGGGACCCGUUCUCUGUUAUAAGGGAGGUGGAGUCUGACGGCCAAGAGAUUUCUGACUGGGAAAAAUAUGCGGCAGAGGAGUACGAUAUUCUGGUUGCUGAAGAAGCGGCCAACGAGCAGGGCAAUGACGUCUAUGACGACCCGCUGCUCAUCUCCAGUGAGCUGGGCUUCACAAAGAGGCACUUCUUUGAGAUCCCAGGUCCCCAUGGCGAUUUGGAUGAAUAUGAAUACGAAGAAAAGUUUGAAUGA